AUGACAACGGCUGUUGCUCAGUCACCAGGACACGAAGAAUCGGACGAUUCACUCUAUCCAAUCGCUGUGCUUAUUGAUGAACUUCGAAAUGAAGACGUCCAUUUGCGGUUGAACAGCAUUCGAAAAUUGUCAACGAUUGCGCUAGCUCUCGGUGUUGAACGGACUAGGAACGAACUCAUUCAGUUUCUCACAGAUACAAUCUACGAUGAAGAUGAAGUUUUGCUCAUUCUGGCUGAUCAGCUUGGAAAUUUCACUCCUUUGGUUGGUGGUCCUGAUUACGUCCAUUGCUUGCUUCCACCGCUUGAGAAUUUGGCUACUGUGGAAGAAACUGUCGUACGAGACAAAGCUGUGGAGAGCUUGCGAAAAAUAGCUGACAAGCAUAGCACUGCCGCUUUGGAGGAGUAUUUCAUUCCCAUGCUCAAACGAUUGGCUACAGGUGACUGGUUUACAUCGCGUACGUCAGCUUGCGGACUAUUUAGCGUUGCUUAUCCACGUGUGAGCCCUGCUAUCAAAGCUGAGUUGAGA